AACUAAACCGCGGUAUAUCACGCGUGCGCCGCUACCGCCAUCUGUCGGCGCGGCGCGGAGUUGCCGCAUCACCUGCCCGCCGCGAUCGUACCACCCGCCGCGACAUUUCUCCGUCGCGCUCGCACCAGUGGCACGUAGAAAUAACCUAAAAACGCUCAUCACGCACCAACCAAUCACCAAAAUAUUAUCCUUCUACACAUAAAUAACAGUGACAUUGAAUGCAAAUACGUACAAUAGUGUUAUAAACGUGACGUAACUGCGGCUCCGCUCUGGAUUAGCCUCUACAGUGCUCAAUCAUAGUGAAUUUGGCAAAUACGAAAGUUUCUAGAGGACGAAUGUUCCUUUUGGUGGGCUGUCGUCUGGCAGCCCUCAAAAUUAGUGCCAAAAUGUGGUGGUUUUUAUUUUUGUGUGUACUAAACAUAAAAACGCUUGGUGUGACUGCAUCUAAUAGUGUUGGAGCAGUAUCCAACAGUGGCGUUUGUCCGCUAAAGCAAUUCCAAUGUGCGAACGGGAGAUGCAUACCCAUAUCGUGGGUGUGCGAGGGAGAUAACGAUUGCGGCGACAACUCCGACGAAAACAUAGAAGAAUGUAAAGAGACACGCACUUGUACGUCGUCAGAAUUCCGAUGCAAGACGGGGAGGUGUAUACCGCUGUCAUGGCGAUGCGACAACGAGAAAGAUUGUACCGAUGGAUCCGAUGAAGAACCAGGAACUUGCACUACUCAGCGUCAGUGCCCGGAGCACAAAUUUGUGUGCUUAACUGGUGGACAGUGCAUACCUGCCUCCUGGCGCUGUGACGACACAGCCGAUUGUCCAGAUGGCUCUGACGAACACCAAUGUGAUGAGACAUGCCGGUCCGACGAGUUCACAUGCGGCAACGGCAAGUGUAUUCAAAUGCGAUGGGUUUGCGACGGCGACGACGACUGUGGCGAUGACAGCGACGAGCUGAAGUGCCCGGCGCCCACUUGUCAACCGCAGUCACAUUUCUCUUGCGCCGAUGGACAUUGCAUAUCCGCCUGGUGGCAUUGCGAUGGUGAUAUCGACUGUCCUGAUGGAAGUGAUGAGACGGGUUGUGCAACCACGCCCAAGGUCAGGUCACCUUGCAUAUCUACGGAGUUUGAAUGCCACGACCGGAUGACGUGCGUGCACAAAGCUUGGGUGUGUGAUGGCGAUCGGGACUGCCCCGACGGUGGUGACGAAGCUCCAGAGCUCUGCAGAGGCAAUGUCACCUGCCGCCUCGACCAGUUCCAAUGCAAAGACCAUAGUUGUAUACCCGGAGCGCUGUACUGCAACGGAGUUCGAGAUUGUCCUGACGGCAGCGAUGAGUUUAAUUGCACGCGCACGAGGACUGUAUGCGAUAAGAAAACGGAAUUUGAUUGCGGUGCCGGCAUGUGCAUCCCUCUAUCCAAGGUCUGUGACAAGAAACCUGACUGUCCCAACUUUGAGGAUGAGCCUAGGGAUCUAUGUGACAAAAAUGAAUGCGAAAAGGAUAACGGAGGAUGUACUCAACGCUGUGUCGACACGCCUGUCGGAUACUACUGUGACUGCGAGAAAGGAUUUAAACUUGUUGAUAAUAGAACUUGUGAAGACAUAGAUGAAUGUGCUGAUCCCGGCGCGUGUUCCCAAGUGUGCAUCAAUGAGAAAGGCACGUUCAAAUGCGAAUGCCACACGGGGUACGCCAGGGACCCUCGAGACAGAACCAGGUGCAAGGCGACGGAAGGUCACCCCUCACUCCUGUUCGCUAGGCGGUUCGACAUUCGCAAGAUCAGCUUGGAUCACCACGAAAUGGUCGCCAUUGUGAAUGAUACCAAAUCUGCUACUGCGUUAGACUACGUGUUCAGAACCGGAAUGAUAUUUUGGAGUGAUGUGACCGAUGAAAAGAUUUAUAAGGCUCCAAUAGACGAAGGCACUCAACGGACUGUUGUCAUCGGCGAACAGUUGAUAACAUCAGACGGUCUUGCAGUCGACUGGAUCUACAACCACUUAUACUGGACCGACACUGGGAAGAAUCACAUCGAACUGUCAGACUUGCAGGGGAACAUGAGGAAGAUACUGAUCAGGGACCAGUUAGAAGAACCAAGAGCUAUAGCUCUCAAUCCUAUUGAUGGAUGGAUGUACUGGACUGAUUGGGGUCAGGUUCCGAAAAUCGAGCGCGCUGGCAUGGACGGAUCACAUCGGCAGACCAUUGUCUCCUACGAUGUCAAAUGGCCUAAUGGUCUAACCUUGGACCUUGUCAGAAAACGAGUGUAUUGGGUGGAUGCCAAAAUGAACACAAUAUCGUCGUGUAACUACGACGGGUCCGGCCGUCGCCUCAUUCUCUACUCAACUGACGUCCUCCGCCAUCCCUUCUCCAUCACCACCUUCGAGGACUUCGUGUACUGGACAGACUGGGACAAGACAGCUGUCUACCGCGCCAACAAAUUCAACGGGAAGGAUGUUGAAGCUAUCACUUCUACUCACACACUUCAAAAUCCGAUGGUGAUCCACGUGUACCACCCUUACCGGCAACCUGACGGCGUGAACCACUGCGCUGCUGUGAACGGUCACUGCUCCCACCUCUGCCUACCUGCUCCGAGGAUAGCGGCCAACUCUCCGCGGGUGUCCUGCGCCUGCCCUAAUGGACUGCGACUGCUUCCAGACAAUCAGAUGUGCGUCGAAGACAAUACAAUAAAACCAGAUGAGGAGGUGCAUAAAACGAGUAAUGGUUCAAAUGAAACGGUAGUAAUAGAGGAAAAACCUGUGACUAGUGUUCCAGAACCACCGAAAACUGGAACAGGAAUCUCAAACAGCGGCCAAAACCCGAACCUCGUUGUCGGCAUUGUCGUCGGAGUACUCAUCGGUGUCAUCGUAAUUGGAGCAAUUAUCGCAGCGGUCGUGUACAAACAUUACGUGCACCAUAAUGUUACAUCGAUGAACUUUGACAACCCCGUGUACCGUAAGACGACAGAGGAUCAGUUUGCGCUCGAGAAGAAUGGCUACGCUCCGGGCAGCAAGUUAUAUCCCAGCACGGUGGGAGAAGAGGCCCAACAACCUCUCAACACACCCGGUACAAAUGACUAUGUAUAGUGUACAAGCUGGAAGUAAAUAUGUAAUAAUAUCAUUAAAUGUGAAAAGAAAGAGAAGGACAUGUGAUACUUAAAAUAGUGUUUUCCAGUGAAUGGGACUUAAGCUAACGUUUUUGUAGUAAACUCUAAACUAAUUAGAGAUAGUGCAGUGAAAGUGUGGAGCUGUUGGAACAAAGUUCUGUUCGCUGUCGUACCUCGCGCCGCGGAAGGAUCUCGAAAAUAUUGUUUCCAUUCAUUCACAUUGCAAGUGGUCCGUUGUUUUGUACAUGAUUUUGUAUUGUAUCACAUAUAAAUUGAUGGGAUCAGUUAUUUUAUAAUUCUAUUACAUUGUAUGAAAUGCUAAAUGUUCUCACAUUAAUGCCUGGUGCAUUGUAAUUAUUUAUAGUUUUAUGUAAGUAAACGAUGUUCUUCUUUUGUUGAAGUUGCAACAUUUUUGUACGAUAAUGUCAAUAGCUUAGUUAUCAAACUUCCGUGAAGACUGUUCAAGAUCAAAAAUGUAAGCAUAUAUUAGUGAUAUAUGUACUUAUUUAGUAAAUUUAUAGUUUCAUGCUUGCCUAGAAAUGUAUUUAGUAUACAAAGCUAAAUGUAACACUCUCAAAAUUUUGCUAUGAAAUAUUAUUUAUUUAUUUAAAUUGCACAUUUAGGCUAUUGUAUCAAAAUUAUGAUUCGUGUGCCAAUGUUAGUUAAAUCUAUGAUUAAAUGUUGCCAGUCAAACAAUAUAUUAGAUGAAUUCUCAAUUAUAUUAUUGUUCGUUAUAUUUGAUAUUUAUUUGUAUAAUAAAAUUGUUAUAACAUCAAUAUUUAUAUAUUUUAUCUGAAAGUUUCUGUACUAUCUUAUGUGCAUUAAUAUUUUGUAUUUUUUAUUCAGAAAUUCAAUUUAGAAUGUGAAUGUCAAGCAUAAUCCUGCCAAUUCCUCUUUUACAAAAAUAUUGGUAAUAAAUAUUAGUACAUAACUUAAUGAAAUUGGAGUAACUCAGUGCACAUUUCAUAUGAUACGCCUAGCUCAAUAAGUGUGAUCACUCAAGAAUAAAUAUUGUGUACAUAUUGUCAGUAAAAUAUAUGUAAAAGAUGUUAA